AUGAGCUUGAGUACGCCUAAUGAUGAGGCUUCCGGACGAAGCCCGUCGGGUAGUAUCAGUACUGUUCGAACUGAACGAGCCAGUGCUAGGAGUAGUCGAAGUUCGCGGAAUAAUCAGCUGCACGUCGAGUAUAUCCUAGUUGCCGAGUUCUCUAUUGAUAAAGGACCCACAAUGGAACAUCAGUACCCAAAUGCUAUCAGUGGCGAUGAACAUAUGCUCGCCGAACUUAUGCUGCCGGACCAAGCUCAUGUCCGCAUUCAAGAUUGGACUAUAUUCUUUUUGCAUAAAGACGCAGAACGAGAAUCAGUCGAAGUAGACGCCUCGGGCCAUGCGCCUUUAAUAUAUGUACUCAAUUUAGUCAAUACAAAGCAUGAUAAAAGAGAAAAAAGAGGCGCAAAAGUAAAGGCCAUGGCCAUAUGCACCAGGCAUUCAUUCCUUCAUAUCUAUAAGCCUAUCCUACUCCUUGCACUUGAGGAAUACUUCAAAACACCUACUGUAGAUACUCUCGCAGAAAUCUUCACAGCUGUGAAUGCAAUGGAUCUUUCAGCCAUGCCGGAUUUUUCUAUUUUCGAACGCCAAAUUCUCUCUUCUAGUGAACAGAAAGAAAUGUUCACUGAAAAAUUUGAAGAGAUGGCCCAUAUAUAUCCAAAUGCCGCACAGCAGCAAAUGAGGUCUCCCUCUUCUCUGGGAAUGCUGACAACUGGGGAUGAAGAUCCCGAAACAAGGGCGACGACAUAUAUUGAUCUAGCGCCAGGAAGGAAUAAACUUGUAAAUGGGAGGAUCACAAUCAACAGGGACAGCCACGAGUUUGAAACCAAGGUUGUUUAUUCUGGUAUACCUAUACCUAUCAAGGUUCCUGUUGCAAUAAUGCCCGAAACUGUUGGAGAUUUCUCAUUGAUACACUUAAUAUCGACUUUCUCUCAGCAUCACUCCGCAAACCCCCAACCAUUUGCCCUCCAUCCCCAUCUCACUACGAAUGGCCCAUAUACACAUCCCAUUAUUGUAUUGGUCAAUGGGCUUCUUACACAGAAAAGAAUAAUAUUUCUCAGUCAUCUAAGACCUUCUGGCGAGGUCGCAGACCAUGUGCUGGCCGCGUGUUCACUGGCAUCAGGCGGUGUAUUGCGUGGGUUUACGCGGCAUGCGUUCCCAUAUACAGACUUGUCUAAAGUUGACGAACUACUUUUGGUUCCUGGGUUUAUAGCUGGUGUCACCAAUCCUACUUUUGGAAAUCAUCACGGCUGGUGGGAUAUCCUUUGCAAUAUUGAUACUGGUAGAAUAAAGAUCUCCCCUGAAAUCAAGCCAUGUCCUCCAGGCGACGGUGCCAGUUUUGGUGGGUUUGCGAACAUCAGUGGCCACGUUGAUCCUGGAGAUAAUGCGUUCAUGGAUGACGUCUUGAACUGCAUUUCUUCCAAAUUCGGCGAAAAGGCACUACGGGCCAAAUGGCGAGAUUGGAUCGUGCGAUUCACAAGAAUGGCUGCAGCAUUUGAAGAGUUAAUUUAUGGAUCCAGUGCCCUGUGGAUAGGACAUGAAGAAAACCAUGUUAUCCGUGGUCAUGGAUAUGUCUGGCCAGAUGAACAAACUAAGAUGAGAGAUCUAGCGGCGAACAUGGCUAGGAUAGAGGGAUGGAGAGGUAGUAGGACAUACCAUUCUUAUUGUCAGGCAAGUACACCACCAAGCUUUAUCUUUCGGAUACAAGCUGACUUUGAGCAGGAUGUUCUGCAAUUCUAUAUGGCAAAACCAAUCAAGGUUGUUGACCUGCACCACCAGAUUGACCGCCUAAGAUAUCUGAGGUUGUCAAUCGAUGACUCUGCCAAAAUUUAUACGACAAUCAGAGACUAUGUCGUAGAAUACGAAGAGAUUAACCAGCUUCUUUGUGUACUUCCAGAAAAUCAAGGAGGAUUAUUUCCAAUCGCAGUUGGUCUCUUCCAUCCGCUGCAGAAAGUACGGUUUGCGGUUGUGGAGUUGCUGGAGAGAAUAAGUACACACAUGGCUGGACGUCAUUUCUUCAAUUCGCUCAAUAAGUUUCAGAAAUUGGCCUUCAUCCGUCUUCAACAAGAGAAACUAAACACGGCAGCUGAAAGUCCAAAUACUGGUGUGACUAUGGGUGGAUUGAAUAUCGCAGAUGCCGUCACAAAAUAG